CGCGUCUAGAGCAGGAUCAGCUAAUACAAGUUGCAAAAGAAACAACGUUGAAACCAUACGGGCUGGACUAGGAAUACCACGACAUGGCCCUACCAACAAUGCAAACCUCUCGUCUUCGCCUCUGCCCUCUCGCAGAGCGCAACCGGGACGAUCUCAUAGACCUCGAUUCGGACCCCCAAGUCAUGAAAUACGUUCAUAAUGGCCGCCCGCUGACUCAAGAAGAAGCCAUUCAAGACCAUCAAGAGCGCCUUUCAGCGAGCAGACAGGUCCCAGGUCUGGGCUACUGGGCCGGGUACCUCGACGGCGCAUUUAUCGGGUGGGGGGCUCUCGCGCCCAUACAAUCUGGCGGCGAGACAUUCCAUGCACAAAAGGCUGAGCUAGGAUACCGGAUCUCACCUCGCUUUUGGCGCCAGGGAUAUGCUAAAGAAAUGGCUCGCGAGUUGCUAAGGUAUGGAUUUGAAGAGUUGGGAUUGAUGGAGAUUCUUGGACAGACGAUGGCUGUGAAUGAGGCAUCGAGAGCGACUAUGAAGGCUUGUGGGAUGCGGCAUGUGCGUACUUUUUAUGUUGACUUUGAGGAUCCUAUUCCUGGGACGGAGGAGGGUGAGGUUGAAUACAUAAUAACGAGGGAAGAAUGGGUGCGGUUUCAUUUGGUCUCGAAGUAGCGAGACUAUUUGCCAAUCGGAGUGCCUGGCGAUAUUUAUUAACGUUUGGAUAUCAACAAUGAUAUCGUGAACGCGAAAGACCCCCUGGUGGGUUUGGUCACUAUGCAUUAUUGUCC